AUGUCUCGUUUAUGGCUAUGGUUUAUAGUCAAUAUAACUAUAAUUCAAGCACGAUAUAUUCGUUUACCAACUGUUAAUUGUAGUGAAUCAUCUCCUAUUGGUACAUCGAUUACACAAUUAUUAGAUGUUUUACCAUUAUCAAAUUGGGAAUUUACAUUUUUAACUCAAACAUCAUUAAAAACAUAUUUCCUAUUAGAUAAUCUUAAAGGUACAAUAACCAUUAAACGUCUUCUUGAUCGUGAAAAUCUUUGUCAUUUAAAUUUAUGUUCAUGUUCAAAUGAAUGUUUAAUUAAACUUGAAAUAAAUGCAAUAAGUGACAUAUAUACACAUUUAUUAUCGUUACCAAUAAUAAUUUUCGAUGAAAAUGAUAAUUAUUGUUAUUUUUCAAAUGAAAUUUUUCAUUUAAAUAUAAGUGAAAAUAUUCGGAUAAAUACUCGAAUUAUUUUACCAUUAGCAUAUGAUCCUGAUUUAACACCAAAUAAUAUUCAAUCGUAUUAUUUUCAAACAAAUAAUUAUACAGAAUUUUAUCUUGAUAAUCAUUUAACACCAUCAAUAAUUAUUAUGAAAGAAUUAGAUCGUGAAUUAAUCGAUAAAUAUGAUUUUAAUUUUUGUGCAUAUGAAGGUAUUAAUGAACAUAAACGUUCAUGUUGUACAAAAAUUAUAAUUAAAAUAACUGAUAUUAAUGAUAAUUCAGCUAAAUUUCAAUAUAAUCAACGAUUACCAUUUAUAAUUAAUGUAUCUGAAUUAACGGCAAUUAAUACGGAACUUAUUCAAAUGAAAGCAUUUGAUCCUGAUGAAGGUCUUAAUGGACAAAUUGAAUAUAGUUUUUCAAAAUGGACAUUACUUGAUAAAACAAUUCAACAUAUAUUUUAUUUAGAUUCAAAUAAUGGUUCAAUUAUACUUUUAAAACAAUUAGAUUAUGAAAAAAGAAAUAAUUAUGAAUUACAAAUACAAGCAAAAGAUCUUGGUCCAAAUGCAAUACCAACAUAUGCAACCGUAAUUAUACAGGUCAUCGAUGAGAAUGAUUGUAUACCAGAAAUAUAUACUUUUUCACCUCCUGAUAUACCAUUAAUCAAUAAUACAAUUAUCAAUAUUUUUGAAAAUAUCUCUCUUAAUACACCAAUUCUUUAUCUAACUGUCUCCGAUUGUGAUACAGGUGAAAAUGGACGUGUAACAAUUGAAUUAAUAUCUUCAAAUUCAAUUGUUGAAUUACAAAAUAUCGAUAAUAAUACUUCAAUUCUUUUAACAAAUACACUUUUUAAUCGUGAAGAAAAAUCUUCUCAUACAUUUUCAAUAAUUAUUUAUGAUCAUGGUAAACCACUUCAUUCAUUAAUAAAUACAUUUGAUUUACAUCUAAUGGAUAUAAAUGAUUGUUUUCCAUAUUUUAAUUCAUCAAUAAAUUAUACAUUUAUUAUCAAUGAAAAUAAUAAAGAAAAUUCUCUUCUUCAUACAAUUCAAGCAUACGAUCUCGAUGAAAAUGAUCAAAUAACAUUCGAUUUGAAAUUUUCAAAUCAACACGAUGAAAAUCUUUUUUACAUCAAUAAACAAAAUCAACUAAUUAUUAAAAAAAGUCUUGAUUAUGAACAUCAAUCAUUCUAUUAUUUUACUCUUAUAGCUCAAGAUUUAAUCGGUCAUCAAACAUUAAUUCCAAUAUACAUUUAUCUCAAUGAUUUGAAUGAUAAUCCUGUUAAAUUCUUAAAAAAUUUUACUCAAUUAAAAAUUCAAGAUAAUCAACCUAGUGGAACAUUUCUUACUCAUAUUCAAGCAGAAGAUAAAGAUAAAAAUUACCCAAUUAUGUAUUAUAUUCAUCCAUUUGAUUUAAAUUAUAUUCAAAAUUUUCUUGAAUUAAAUCCUAAUGGAAGUUUAUAUACAAAAAUAAAAUUUAACUCAAAACAAAUAACUAAACUUCAUUUUCGAAUUAUUGCUAAUGAUUCAUUAUAUAUCGAUAUGAUUACAAUAGAAAUUCUUAUUAGUUAUAAACCCAUAUUAAAAACUUCGUCACCCUAUUGUUUUGUUAUACAAAAUCAUGAUUAUAUUCGUAUACAAUUAGAAUCUUAUAAUGAUGUAUCGUUUUCAAUCAGAAAUCCUUCGUCGACUGAUCUUAAACUUUUUUCAAAUGGAACAUUGAUUGUUAAAUCUUUGAUAAGAAAAUAUUCGUUUGAUAUUUACCUUGAAGAUAAUAGUUCAUCUUCGAUAUUUACAAAUUUUAAACUUUCGAUCCAACCAGAUUGUAGAAAUCAUAUAUUUAAUGAACAAAUGAUUAUUGUUUGUUUGAUAUUUUUAAUAAUAAUUAUUAUCCUUAUUAUUAUUUAUUUAUGUUUACAACAAAAACAAGUUUUAAAUAAACAAAUUAAUAUAACACCAUCAUCAUCAUUAAAUGAUACAUUAUUUUUUUCAUCGUCACCUUCACCACAAUUUACUGCGAUGACAAUAAUAUCUUCUCCUUCGUCAUCAUCGUCAACACAUCAACAAACAAAUCAAUCUUCAUCAUUAUCAAGUUCAACAUCAUCAACUUAUAUUAAAAUGAGUCGUUCAUUUGACGAUGAUAUGAUUUAA